CCCUCCUCCUCCCUGCCUGGCGCUCGCAGACCAUGUCCGGCAAGGAGAAAGGCAAGUUCGAGGAAAUGGCAAAAGGAGACAAAGCUCGUUAUGACAGAGAGAUGAAGAACUACGUUCCCCCCAAAGGCGAGAAGAAGGGAAAGAAAAAGGACCCCAAUGCCCCCAAAAGGCCACCAUCUGCCUUCUUCCUCUUCUGUUCCGAGCAUCGCCCAAAGAUCAAGACGGAACAUCCUGGCCUGUCUAUUGGGGACACAGCCAAGAAACUAGGUGAAAUGUGGUCUGAGCAGUCAGCCAAAGAUAAACAGCCAUAUGAACAGAAGGCAGCAAAACUAAAGGAGAAAUAUGAAAAGGAUGUUGCAGCAUAUCGUGCCAAGAGCAAGAGUGAUGUAGGGAAAAAGGGUCCAGGUAGGCCUGCAGGGUCUAAGAAGAAGGCAGAGCCAGAAGAAGAGGAGGAGGAAGAGGAAGAUGAGGAGGAAGAGGAGGAGGAGGAGGAAGAGGAUGAGGAGUAAAUAGUUCUGCUGCUGUAAAGAUUUCUGCUCAAAGCCCAAUGUUUUGCUAAGAAUGUGAACUCAAGUGCAGCUCGUUAGCUUCAGUAUAAAAACUGUACAGAAUUGUGUAUAGGUAAUGUGAUUCUCUGUAGGGAGACCUAUAUUUUUUAAUGUAAGUGGUAGCUGAGGGCUGCUACACUUCAGUUUGGGGCGGAGGGAGGACCUGAUGUCAAAUGUUUUUUGCAUAUUUAAUGGUUUUUUUUGAAAUUCAGUGAUUGAUAGCCCGAUACCUUUUUUCUUUCCUUGGGUUUUUUGUUUGUUUGUUUUUAGCAAAGUCAAACAAAGAAAGUAGCAUAAUAGCUGGUCUUAUAUUUUGUAGGAUACUGCCUUGUAUUACUUUUUUUAACAACUUUUGUAAUAAAAUGAUGUACAUGA